GCAACACCGAGACCCAACACCAGUCCCUGAGAAAGAAAGAGGAAAAGAAAGAAAGACGAGACAAUGGCUUCAGCAGUGGCAGGACGAGCCUUCGCAGCGGUGCGAUGCAGUCGACCGCAGUUCCUUCGUCUGCGCGCACAGCAGCCACAACAACAACACUUCACCAAGCCCGCAGUGCGAAGCUUCACCGCAAGCGCAAAAGUUUGGGAAAAGCGCUACACUGAAGACCACGAGUGGGUUGAACUUGACGCCGACGGAGUCCAUGGCACAAUCGGAAUAUCGCAAUACGCAGCCUCCGCCCUCGGCGACGUCGUCUUCGUCGAACUCCCGACCGUCGAUCUCGAAGUCUCAGCAGGAGACUCCAUCGGCGCCGUAGAAUCCGUCAAGUCCGCGUCGGACAUCAUGACGCCUGUCAGCGGAGUGAUUGUGGAGGCCAACAGUGUCUUGGAAGAUACCCCUUCGACGAUUAACAAGUCUCCCGAGGGAGAUGGGUGGUUGGCCAAGAUUAAGAUCAGCAGCAAGGCUGAAUUUGAGGGGUUGAAGAGUGCGGAGGAGUAUAAGAAGUUUACGGAGGAGGCCGAGGAGGAUCAUUAGGACUCUUCUCUGGGUUAUUUUGGUGCCUGUAUGGGGUUGGGAUGGGGCAAUGGGGAGGAUGGGGUGUUCUCGCGAAGGGGUUCCUCUGGUCUGGUGAUAUAUUAGUCGGAGCGUUACCUUGUCUUUCGGGUAGAGAUGCUUGCAAGAAACGUCAAUUAUACUCGGGGUCGUCUCGAUCUCGAAGUAUCUUCAUUAUCUACCUCCCUCAACUUGGGUAGAGGCAUCGAUGCGGCCGAGUAAGACAGAUCCGCUACCAGAUCACCUAUGACCAACCACCCUCAAGAACAAUGAAAUACCUG